AGACAACGUGGCAAGCUCCAUGGACAGACACACAGACUGAAGAAUGGACUCUAUAAAAUAUAUAGUAGAAGAUUAAAGGCUGAAAAGGAAGAGGUGAAAGCUGGACUGUAAUAAGGCUUAAUGCUAGCGAAUCAGGCAAGAAUCAAGUUAGUGAAGAAAUACAUUUGAAAGGAUUAACAUUGCUGUGGAAAUUCCAGUUCCACAAUAUUGACCCUGUGGGAUUAAAGAGGAAGAAUGUGAAAGAGCAGUUGAGAGCCACUGGUUGGUCUGCUGAGGCUGUUUCUUGUUUUAGCCGUGAUCCAGUAAGGUGAAGUAGGUUGAGAGGAGCAGGGGCUGUGAGAUGGAAGACAGAACACAUCAUAAAGCAGCGUAUUUGCGAUGAAAGAUGAACUGAUAAAUCCACAUCCACUUCUGGUGUACCAUAGGGCCUCAUUGAACUCUAGCUCACUCUUUUUUUGUUCCUAUUCCCUCUUUUACAGCCAGAAGGUAGCUAUAGUAUAUCAUUUGAGUUAAUGAAGCCCUUUCAUAGACUUUAAGGCUAGAAGGGAUCAUCACGAGCAUCAAGCCUGACUUCCUGCAUAUUGCAGGCCACAGAACCUCACCCAUCCACUUCUGCAAUAGACUCCGAACCUCUGGCUGCGUUACUGAACUCAAUGUUUUCAAGAUUUCAGGUUAUAGAACAUCCAGCAUAUACAGUAGUAUAAACCUGCAAGUGACCUGUGCCUUGUGCUGCAGAGGAAGGUGACCUUUGACAACGCUCAUUAAAGUGGCAUUAUUAGAAAUAGGCACAAGCAAACAUCCACAGUCUCCUUAAAAAAGCAACAUGAAAGAAGCUAAGAAACUAGCAGCAACUGAGAAAUUUUGCGGCGUUCCCAAGCUGAAGGUAUUUCUGCUGGCAUUAUCAUUUGCAUAUCUAGCUAAAACCAUGUCUGGGGGUUACAUGAAUAGCAUGCUCACACAAAUAGAGAGAAGAUUUAAUAUCUCAGCCUCUCUGGUGGGCAUUAUUAAUGGAAGCUUCGAAACUGGAAACUUGUUGGUGAUAGUAUUUGUGAGCUACAUUGGUGCUAAACUUCACAGACCAAGAAUAAUUGCUUUGGGGUGCACAGUUAUGUCUUUUGCCUGUCUUUUGAUAGCACUGCCUCAUUUUCUCAUGGAACGGUAUCAGUACGAAACCUCCCUUUUACUAGAAGAGAAUUCAUCAUCCAUGUGUCUUAUAAAUCAAAGCCAGUCCCCCACACAUAUGGAGAAGCAAUCAGCAGAGUGUGAACAAAAGUCUGGGUCCUUGAUGUGGGUGCUUGUGUUGGUAGGAAACAUAAUACGAGGCAUUGGUGAAUCUCCCAUUGUGCCAUUAGGCAUUUCGUAUGUGGAGGAUUUUUCCAAAGCAGAAAACUCACCUUUUUACAUAGGUUGCCUACAGACAGCAACUGUGUUAGGCCCUUUUCUUGGUUUAAUGCUGGGAUCAUACUGUGCGCAGCUGUAUGUGGAUCUGGGAUUCGCAGAUAUAGCGGAGGUGACUAUAACACUUACUGAUGCCCGUUGGGUUGGAGCAUGGUGGCUGGGCAUUCUGAUUUGUGGAUCAGUAAAUCUGCUCGCUGCUAUACCUUUUUACUUUUUGCCCAAGUCUCUUCCGAAGGAAGGACAAACAAAUGAUACUCAGUUGUUAAGUAAGAGAAAUGCAUCAGUAUUAGAAGAGAGAGGUGAAGUUCAAGACAAACAUAAAAUGAAUGAAAUCACUAAAGAUUUCAUCCCAUACCUCAGGAGUCUGUUUUACAACCCAGUCUAUAUGUUGUUUAUAUGCAUAACUGUGCUGCAGUUCAGUGCUUUCAUUGGCAUGAUAACUUUCAUGCCAAAAUAUGUGGAACAACAGUAUGGAAAAUCUGCAUCACAGGCCAUCUUUUUAAUAGGAGUUUACAAUUUACCAGUUAUAUGCAUUGGAUAUUUUCUUGGUGGCUAUCUAAUGAAGAAAUUCAAGAUAAAUACCAAUCAAGCUGCCAACAUAGCCUUUUGGAUCUCUUUAAUUGAAUACCUGAUCUUUUUUGCUGCCUAUUUCACGGUCUGCGACAAUUCUCCAGUUGCUGGUCUAACAGUCUCAUAUGAAGGAAAAGAACAGGUUUCAUACAUGGAAAAAACCCUACUUUCUGACUGCAACAGUGAUUGUGAUUGUUCAAUUAAAGUGUGGGACCCUGUAUGUGGGCAGAAUGGAAUAACGUAUGUUUCACCUUGUCUUGCUGGUUGUAAAGCAUCAGAUGGAAAAUAUACAGUAUUUGAAAAUUGCACCUGUAUUGCAGCUUCAGGAUUUUCAUCUGGAAAUGUCUCUGCAGUUCUCGGCCAGUGUGACAAAGAUGCAAAUUGUGACAUGAUGCUUCAUUACUUUUUAAUAUUAACAAUAGUCUGCAGCUUCAUUUUUUCCUUAGGAGCCAUCCCUGGAUAUAUGGUUUUAAUAAGGUCUCUAAAGCCUGAAGAAAAGUCAUUUGGUGUGGGUAUCCAUGUACUUGCUUCAAGAAUAUUUGCUGGAAUUCCAUCUCCGAUUUAUUUUGGAGCUUUGAUAGACACAACAUGUUUGAAAUGGGGAUCUCUGAGUUGUGGUGGUAAAGGAGCGUGUAGGAUGUAUGACAUUGUCACAUAUAGAUGGCUCUAUCUGGGACUGCAAGCGAUAUUACGUGGAGUGUCCUACAUCCCAUGUGUGUUAAUCCUCCUUCAUUUAAAGAAACAACUUAAAUCGUCUCAAGAGAAGACCUUAAAGAGUGUGCCAAUGGCAAUGGAGGACAUAGAAGAGCAAAAUGACUGAAGAGAGAAGCAUCCCAAAAGCUCAGAUUUUUGCAGGGCACAUCAUUAAAUAUAACGUAAACCUGAA